AUGGGAUGGGAAGAAAAGAGAGCGUCAGGACCGUCUGGCCUUCAUGGCGGCCAUCCGUAACAGACCACCUUUUCAAUUUGAGGAACACUCCUUAACAUUUGUUUCCUGAUUUGUCCAGGGCUACCACGGAGUGGCGAGGUUCUCUACGCCCACUAACAAAGGAACUCAUUGCCCAUAAAAUACCGUAUCACUGGGGAGCGACAAGAAGCCUAAUCAUUCCGAAAGAAAAUGGCGACCUGAAAAUCACUAAUGUUGCCGAAAUCCCUGACACUCUGCAGACCCUUGGACUACCCUCGCAAGCAGCCGCAGUUCUGUCCCAGCCGACACCUUCAACAUCGACUCACAGGGAUCCUGCAAGAGUUUGUCCAUUCGUACCUGUGGCUCACCAAGGAGAUCCUUUGUCAACCCUGGGGUCCUGA